AUGCCUUCCACACCAGACCCCUUCGACGAUGUUCUCAAUCUCGAAGACAACUUUUACCAACGAGGCUACAGCCAGGGCCUUGCCGACGGCGAAAAAGCAGGCCGCAUGGAGGGCCGCUCCUUCGGCAUGCAACAGGGUUUCGACAAGUUCCUUGAGAGUGGCCGCCUAGCCAGCCGAGCCAUCGUAUGGGCCAACAGAAUACCGCCCCGGGCGAAACACAGCCCAGAAGAAGGGGGCGGCUGCUCGGACACGCAGGAGGACAAGAAGGCAUGCGCAUUGCCCUCGCUGCCGAACAAUGCCAGGCUAGAGAAGAAUGUGAGAAUGGUGUACUCCCUAGUGGAGCCGGACACGUUGUCGACAGAAAACACAGACGAGGCGGUUCAGGAUUUCGACGACCGGGUCAAGAGGGCCCAGGGAAAGGUCAAGGUCGUCGAGAGGAUGGCCUCAUGA